GCGACCUCAGAGUAUGGAAUAACGCGCGGUGAAUGGGCGAUUUAAACGACAGAUGUUCCCCGAGAGAUGAGAACUUUAGUUACCAGCUGCGAGAAACAAAUCUCGCCUCAAAGCUAACAAAGGGUCUGUUCCCCGGGUCUAUCCGGUGAAUAAUGACAAUUCCCUCUGUCUGGGGGUACUAGACUCACUGCCAAGGAAGGCUCCCUCAAUGCGACCUCCAUUAAAGAAAAAGGUUUAACAGAGAAAAUCGACUUGAGUCUUUGUGUUGCAAUGUGACCAAACUCUGAAGUUCUGGACCAAGGAAAUGUUACCACAGAUAAUAAGUGUCUUUGUAAUUACUGCGGUGGUUCAAAAGUGCACAGGUGAAUCUGCAUUUGUUUGUACAGAGAAAGAGACAGGGAAACAGACGGUGCACCUGCACUGUCCAUUUGGAACAGAGAUACAGAUCAAGGAGUCCAUCUACGGCCGGAACAAGUGGCGACAGUGUCUGUACACCGUGGGGGACUGCACUGAGACGGCGGACUUAUCCGAGGAGUGCUGCGGCCGCCGUAACUGUAACGUCACCGUCUGGCGGAUUUAUUCCAUCAAGUGUGAAUACGUCACGUUCUUUCGUGUCAUUUAUGAAUGCGUAGAAAAGGGUGAAGCAGAAUGUAAAGACGAGGAAGACCCAGACGAAUUUGAUCCUACUAUUUUUGAAAUUACGUCUCAAAUGAAGUUUCCGUCAACAUCAACCAAACUCCAGCCGUUUAAAUCAACCGCGGAUAACCAGAUUACAUCACGUGGUUUCUUGCCAGAGUCCGGCAAAUCUGAUCCGGGUUCAUCCGGAGCAAUGUCCACCACCAUUGAGAAAGACAAUAUCGGCGAUGACCUGGCCGUGAUAAUUGUGUCAGCUGCUGCCAUAGCCAUUCUGUUGGUGUGCAUUAUCGUUGUGCUCAUAUGUCUGAGGAAGUUUAAAUGGCAAGGGGAAAAGGACUGCGUCUUCAAUUUAUUUGCUGGUUGGUGCAAACGACAUCCUCCGGAUGGAUGUGAAAACCCUGGCCCAGGGCAACGUUCAGAACCGCUUCAACGUGACGUGAAACAUUCCGGAACAGGAAAUGACGUAGAAAAUCAGAACAGGGAAAACACAGCGAAACAAUUAGCAGCCUCUUCUACGAACCAGCCGAUGUCACAUGAUGUUAACCACAACAAUGACAGCUGUGAUGCAGCCUCCGUGGACAAGUGUGCUGACCACCAUUAUGUCGUGUUCGAGGACAUCAAAGCCCUCAAGAACAGUAACCCAGUAUUCCGCUCCCCGACUGAGGGUCGCGUGGUUCUGGACCAGAAAGCUUACAACACCACCCCGGUAGUGUCGGAGGGAAUUGGUAUAACUGCUGUGUAAAUCCAUCAUGCCGGGUUUGGGUUUUUUUAUGUGGUAUACAUCUACCUCUUCAUAGUUGUAACUUUUGAAGAGAGACAUCUGCUGUUAAAAUAUUUCUUUUUAUUGUACGAUUUUUUCCCGUACCAUAAUAAUUACAGUACAGAAAUAUUAUACUCUCUAGAAAGAAAUAUUUUUAAUGUCAGCUGCCCGUACUUUCGAAGCACCUGCUAGUAUCUUCACUGCCACUCUCAACUACUUCAUGAUACAUGUAUUUGCAUUUGAAGUAUGUUAUUCAUGAUUUAUAUGAAUAACAAAAUCCAGGUACAAUGUACCUUAAAUUUCCAUUGAAAUUACCGAUCGAAAGAUAAAUUGCUAACUAAAGAUUAAUUUUAGAUGUAGGUGCAAUUAUUGUCAAAUUAAUUUUUAAGGUACAAAAAAUUUGGGGGGAAAAUUAUUUUGAAAUUAUUACUGAGUUUUGAAGUUUGCUUUAUUAUAUUUAUGUAUGUAUGCGCGUUUCUUUUUUAAAAUGCCAUAAAAAACACAUUUCAUUCUAUGUCUCGGCUGCAUAAUUUUCAUAAUUGUAUAUAAUUUCAUAUUUUAGUUAUUUCAUUCAUUACCAUUUACUUUUUAUUCAUACGUGCAGGCCCGUAGCAUCGUUUUUGAA